UUGUGCCCAGUGCAUGUGUGUGCGUGUGUGUACGUACGUGCGAUUCAUUCAUUUCCAUUACGUGUGUGCUGGCAAAAUUUGGACGGAAUAAAAGUUACCCAAAUAGCAGCAACAGCUCUUCGAUGACUUGUGCAAUUUUGUUGUUGUCUAAAUUGUCAAAAUAGAUGCGAGCAAUGUAGAGCUGCUGCUGGCCCCUACGAAGGGGGGCCUCAGCCAAGUGCCAUGAAAUAGGAAAACAUUUAUUUUAAACAUAUUUAAAAGAACGUGAUAUACUAAAUAUAUUGAUAUUUGCGGCGCAAUAUUAAAAGCGAAAAAACGCAUCACAAUUUGCGUUUACGUCUGAAGAAGAAGCAACAAAUACGUCAAGCACAAAUACCAAUACAAAGACAAUUUAAACGUAUUGGUAAAUGCGUAUGUGAAGGUACAUAAUAUACGUAUGAAAAGUAUUUGCGACAAAUUUCGGCGUUAUCAACACCAACACCACCCACCAGAAGCGCACAGUCGUUAGAAACAGCGAAACGUAGAGUAACCAAAAAAAAAAAAAAAAAAAAAAAAAACAAUAAUAAUAAAAAAGAAACGAAAAGAAAAAGCUCACCGAACACAGAACCAACUAAUUUGAUACGUAGAAUUAUGAACGUAGAGAACCAAUUGAAGACGCCGCUAACGCAGAUUCGUAAUUUGGUCAAACACGUGAACAAGCGAAAUUUUAAUGAGAGCAGCGAGCAAAUAAAGCAGUUUAUCCAAGAUUACGGCCUCGAAGCGGAUCGUAGCUGUCUGCGAUAUCUGUUCACGGUACUUAACUUGAACGAUCCGGCACCGAACGUCACCGCGCAGCUGCAGGCGAAGCUUCUCGGCGCGCACUUGCAGCGGCAACUGCAGUGCUCCUCGUUUGUGACCAACAUAUGCCUCGCCUUCGACCAGCAUUUUGCCAAGCAUAAGAGUCUGAAGCCAUUAGCACUUGCCGAUCUCGUUGGACAGGUGGCCAAGCUUAACUGGCAUUAACAAACUUUGCGAGUGCAUCUUUGCGCUAGCGGUGACCCACAGCUCCCAUCCGGAGCUACGCCAGAGCGCACGUGAGAAUCUGCGCGGCUCGCUGCCCGAUCUGCUCGAUUCAUAUCUGGGCCAAAAUUCAGCUGCCGCAACUGCAGCUGCGAG